GCGUCACAAAAAAACAAGAACAAUGUACAGGAAACCAUAAUCACCCGCCAAUGACGUUAUCUUCAACCCUUAUAUUUAAGGAAGAAAAAACCAAAUGACAACUAACUAUGAAACCACUCAUCUUUUCUUAUUGCUUGUUGGAUAGUAAUCUAUAAAACAAUAAAAAACUGUAAUGCCAAUUCAAUUCAUAAGAUCCUCUUUGUUUGCAUCACCAAAAAAUCUUCUACGAACUCUUUUUCGGGUUACGAAGCUCAGAUCGCUAGCAAUGGGGUCUUACACGGCUUCUUCUCAGUCAUCGAAGCUUUUUUUUCGCCAGCUCUUUGAAAAGGAAUCUUCCACCUACACUUACCUUCUGGCUGAUGUUUCUCAUCCUGACAAACCCGCUCUUUUGAUUGACCCUGUAGACAAGACUGUUGAUAGAGACCUGUCUCUUGUUAAAGAACUGGGAUUGAAGCUAAUCUAUGCCCUGAACACCCAUGUUCAUGCUGAUCAUAUCACUGGAACAGGCCUCAUUAAGACUAAAUCUCCAGGUGUGAAAUCUAUUAUUUCAAAAGCAAGUGGUUCCAAAGCUGAUAUUCUGGUGGAACCUGGUGAUAAAGUAUCUUUUGGGGAUCUUUUCCUUGAGGUUCGUGCCACACCUGGCCAUACAUCGGGUUGUGUUACCUAUGUCACAGGAGAUGGACCUGAUCAGCCUCAACCUAGGAUGGCAUUCACUGGUGAUGCUCUAUUGAUACGUGGAUGUGGGAGAACAGAUUUUCAGGGUGGUAGUUCACUGCAGCUUUACAAGUCAGUGCAUUCGCAGAUUUUUACAUUGCCCAAGGACACAUUGAUCUAUCCAGCUCAUGACUACAAAGGGUUUUCGGUAAGCACAGUUGAAGAAGAAAUGCUCUAUAAUCCUCGCCUAACAAAGAAUCAGGAAGCAUUCAAAGGCAUCAUGGAAAAUCUGAACCUGGCAUAUCCGAAGAUGAUGGGCAUUGCAGUCCCUGCAAACAUGGUUUGUGGCUUGCAAGAUACGACUUCUUAAGCCUGAUGGACUUUCCUUAACCUGUGACAUGAUGAUGAUAAAAUGGCCCUUGAUGUAAGAAGAAAUGUAAUAAAUGACUGAACAAUUGAAUAAACGAAGAACAAAAGGUGAAUGAUGAACAGAAAAUGUUUCUUGAGCA